AUGUGGGUUCCGCGCACUAUUGAACUGACUCUUAUUAAUUUUCUUUCUCCGUGUGUCUACAAAUUUUUAACUAUUUUAAUUCAAGCUACAGAAACGUUAAGUGCUAAAAAACGACCAACACUUUAUCUCGUCAUUCCAAUAAAAAUGCAGCUAAUAGAAUUAUCUCACUUGGAUCUAGAUGAUUCUGAUGCCAUUACAAAUAUUAAACUUUUUUUUUCAUCUGAAUUGGAAUCUCAAUGGAUAAUUACUAAAGAACAUCUGAUGGGGAUGAUAUUACAUCCAAAUUUAAAAACAUGCACCAUUUGUCCUAAAUUAAAAGACGAAUUUUAUAAUGUUUUAAAAGAAGAAAUCGAUAAACGACCAUCAUUUGAGUCAGAGACACACAAAAAAUCUGCUAAAUUAACAACGUCUUCAGUUACACCAAAAAGAAAAAGAAAAAAUUUACUUUCUGAUUGUUAUGAUCCUGAUUCAUCAAUUAAAACUAUGUCAAAUGCUGAAACAGAAAUUGAAAAGUAA